CGCCAUUUUGCAGCCCAGUUGCAGCUUGGGUUUUCGUCAGUUUUGUAGUUUUUAGGUUUAGGAUACCGCUGGCUGCCCGAACUAUCGUUUAAUGAUUUCGCCCGCGUCCGGGCCAUUUGAUCUCUUCAAAACAGUUUUGUUCGCAACGGACCGUCAAACCGUCAUCAAAAUGGCUCGACAUAAUCUGGAUUUAGAAGAAUACAGCGAAGAAGUGAGCGAAGGCGCAAGCGAAGGCAAUGGCGACGCCACUGAUGCCCUCCUCCCGCCAACUGAGGCGGUCGCCAGUCGGAACCGGCGAGGCCCCAAGGCCGCCGCAGGUGAUAUUUCCGGGAGUUCCCAGCCGCGCAUGCAUCGACGUCAGAGUGAAGUCUGGCGCUUCUACGAGCGCCAUUCCGAUCAUUCAAAAACUUGCAAAGUCUGUCAGAAGAUCUUUUCCACGAAUACGGCCACCGGCGCACUGCGUAAACACCUGGAGAAACACUUUGGCGAACAGACGGAUCAGGUGCUGAGCACAGCACAGUCGGCCAUGGAAGUGACCAUCAAUCCCCUCAGCAACACGGUCACCGUCACCGGAUUGGCACCGGCUAUUAGCACAGCUAUUGCCGCGCAACAGGCCCAACAAAGCCAAGUUAGUCCGACUCCGAAGCGCGUCAAGCGUUCGACGGUUGGACUGGAGUCGCCGCCGGUGGCUACCCUCCAGGUGGGCACCACCACUGCCACCGUAACCGGAACGGCGGUGCCCAGUAGAACGCGGUAUAAGAGUGCGGUAUGGGGACAGUUUCAUCGGUUGGAUGACGGGCGGCCGCAGUGCCGGGUCUGUGGCAAGGUGUACGCGACAACGGCUUCGACCAGCGGUCUACAGCGCCAUUUGGACACCCAUGAUGCCGUCGAUGCUUCCCCUCCGCUGCCUCCAGCUGCGCAGAACGGCAUCAAAUUGGAGCAAAUGCAGUUAGCGAAUUCUCUGCCGCCCAACCUUCUUGCCUCUGCGUCUCCGGCGGUGGGAUUACCUAUGUUACCACCGGCAACGCCCAGACUAAAAUCUGCUGGAAAAUCCUAUAUACCGCCCGCUAAUGCUGAUGAGAUCUUCCUGAAAACAGUUGUCCGGGAGCAUAUUCCAGUGGCCGAGGUCAUAGAUGCGUUUAGUGGCAUUUACCGGACUUAUACAGGGAAACCGGCUGACACCACGGUUCUGACUGGUCGUAUUCGAGCCUUGUUUGCGAAAAAGCGGGAGGAAGUUAAGAGAUAUCUGGCGGAAACACUGAACCGGGUGUCGAUCAGCCUGGAAUUGUGGACAUCCGCCAUUGAUCAGGUGUACCUAAUUGUUACGGCGCACGUUAUGUCAGAAAAAUGGGAACCACUACGCUUUAUUCUGGAUUGUUUGUUGAUGACGCCGGAUAACAGCGCGGACAGUAUCCGGGAUUCACUGGUGGCGGUGUUAGAUGACUACGGUAUUGCACAUAGGGUGUUGGCCGUAACGACGGCAAAUGAGCGAGCUAUGGAAGCUUUUAAUUUGUGCAACAAAACGGCAGUCAUAACCAAGCCGGGCUUGCCCGCAUCGCACGUCCGAUGUAUUGGUUGGGGCUUGACCGCAUGCGUGCAGCCGGCACUGGAUCACGUGCAGGACCAUCUGAACAAUGUUCGACGAUUCCUGAAAACCCUGAUUAACCAGCGGAGAAUGGGAGAUUUGGCGCACACCGCAGCACUGCUCAUUCAUGAUUAUACGGAAAUAAAACUAGACAUUCCAGGUUCUUGGACUUCGACGGUAGCCAUGCUGGAUGCGACUGUGAAAAUGCGACCUGUAAUUGACGAAUUCAUAGCGCACUCACAGGCUGCUUAUACGGAGUUUUCGGAAGAUGACUGGCGAGUACUGGAACUAUCACUGGAUUUGGUCAGUAAUUUCCAUCUGGCUGCAACGGAUAUCGGAAAGACAGACUAUCCCGCUCUGUCCAACGUGCUGCCAUUAAUGGAAUACUUAACGAAUUGCCUUGUCCAGCAAAAGGACAGUGCUGACCAUCCUACGUGGUGGAAGAAAUUAGCGACAGAGAUGUUAGAACGUACAAGGAAGGUUAUGCAAAAUCUGUUUUCGGAUGUGUAUUUCUUUGGUACGGUGCUGGAUCCGCGGCAUAAACUACACACCAUUCCUCACCAGGUCAACCGACAGGGCGUGGAAGACAGUCUGCGUAAUGUUUUCUCUCGCUAUCUCCAACCAGCUGGACCGACCGAUGCUGCGGCCAUAACUUCCGUUGGCUCGUCGAAUUACAAAGCCGGAUCGUUGAUGUCAGCAAUUCUCAAAAAGAAUCGAGAAAGUUUGGCUCAGCCACAGAUUGAUGAAUUGAAUCAGUAUUUAAAUACAGCUGUCGAGCAGGCCGAAGUGGAUCCUCUGGAAUGGUGGGAAAGUCACAAAAAGGUUUAUCCUCAUUUGGCUCAAAUGGCCAUGGAUUACGUUUGCAUUCCAGCCACUUCUGCAACAAGUGAUCAGCUUUUCGUUAAGGAGCUGCGCUCAGGACGGUUGCGCAAUCGUUUGGACGAAGAAGAGCUGAUACUCUACGUAUGUCUUAACUCAUGGAUUGCUGCUGACCUUGGAAAUCGCGCAGCCAGUAAUAUUGCAGCAAAACGGGAGCCAUUGUAGCAAACUGAUAUUUAUGUUUUAAAGUUAUUUAGUGAUUGAUUGCGCUUGUUUUGUUGUUCAUAUUGAUCUGAUUUUUUAUUUCGAUGUUGAAAACAACUUUCAUGAAGUUUUUUUUUGUGUUAAAAAAAUUGCACAGGAACGAUUUACCGCAUAUCACACUUCACAUGACGA